AUGGUUAGAGAUAGAUUAUCAGAAUUUCGAAGAAAAGGAAAUCAAGAAUCAAACGAUUAUGGUAUUGAUAGAAAUCCAUCUAUAUCUAUAACAACAUUAACAAAUCAAUCAACAAGAACUCAAUUAUUUUUUGAAGCAAUAAAUGAAAUUAAUUUGUCAAUUGAUCAAUUACAAGAACGUGUUGAAGCAGUUAAAAAAAAACAAAAUGAUAUACUUUUACAAACAGUUGUACAAAGUACAGAAAAAAAUCAAUUAGAAGAAAUUAUUAGUGAUAUUAAAAGUACUAUUAAAAUUUUACGUUCUCGUGUCAAAAGAAUUGAAGCUGAUAUAAGAAGUGAAGAGUUAAAUGGAACUAUGCAAACAAGAACUGGAGCUGAUUUAAAAAUAAAAAAAAAUCAAUGUGAAUUUAUUAAUAAAAGACUUAGAGAUGUAUUAUUUUUAUUUAAUGAUUCACAAAUUGAAUACAAAAAUCGUGUUUCUAAAAGAGUUAAAAGGCAAUUAGAUAUGGCAGGUGAACAUUUAACAGAAAAUGAAGUUAAUACUAUGCUAGAUUCACAUUCAGAUCAAAUUUUUUAUAAAUCAUUAAAUCCUAUAUCAUUAGCAGGAAGGAUGGCAUUAGAAGAUGCAGAAGCAAGACAUAAAGAAAUAUUAAAUCUUGAAAAUAGUAUAGCAGAAUUAAAUGAAAUAUUUGUUGAUAUACAUGAUUUAGUUAAAAGCCAAAGUUUUAUGGUUGAUAAUAUUGCUUCAAAUAUUGAAUCAGCAGUUGAUUAUACAGAUGAAGGAAGAGUUAAUGUUGUACAAGCUGUAAGACAUAAAAAAGCUGCUUUAAAAAAGAAAAUACUUGUUAUAUCUAUUAUUACACUUAUAUUAAUAAUAUUAAUUGUUGUUGCUAUCAUUCUUGGUGUUGUUUUAGGAGGUAAAAGAAAUUAA